CACUGGUAACAAAGACCGAAGAACGGACGACGUGAGGAUCGAAUUCGAGACAUAAUUCCAACGCUGAUAUGUCGAAUUCCGCAGGAAAUACCUGACGCUACGAUGCACUUACACAAUUACGUACAAAUGGGUACAAAAGAAGCAAAAGAACAAAAUGGCGGGCGACUCCAGCGCCAGCAGGGACUUCAGAAUUUAUUCCUCGGCCGGAAAGUGGGGACGACGCGAUGGUGGGGACUGGUACUUGACGGGGGUAUGCUAGGCAAGAGGGGAAGCGAGCCGUGCGGAAUAAAUUCUGAGAUCCCUGAGCGCCAGCAGAGUGGUCACGUGGAUGGGGCGCUGAAAUUCAAAAUUACGCCGCUCUCCACUCUCACUUAUCUGCCACAUCUCUUGAAAAUUAUUCAGGACGCCUCCAAUAGAGGGCAAAGCCUAUCUCAUGGCCACGUGCAACCGAUGCAACUGCCUCAGCUCAGCCGGCUCAGCCAGCUGCUGCCAGCUGUAACUCAGCCAAAUUCUGUUUACCAACAAUGUUGUGCCUUUUAUUUAAUAUUAUAACAGAAACAAUGUAAAGAACGCUAUAAAGAAAGAUUCUCAAGCAUCUUCCUACUUUAAUUAAUACAUUAUGUAAAUUAU